GUGGUCCCCCGAGAGGGUAGGAGGAAAUCGGCACCCCGCCUCUCCCCAGGACCUUGGCCCUGCAGUCUUGGGCACUCCGGGCUCAUCAGGGGCACCUGCCUCCCUGUGAAAAGUCAGUCUCCCUGCCUGCUCCCGGUGCCUGCGGCCUCGUGCUGGCUCUCUCGCGCAGCAGUCUGCUCUGCACAGCUUCCUGUCCGCUUCCCUGGAAGGAAAGGACCUUUUUGUUCACUUCUGCAUUCCAGUAGCGCCUAGGAAAAAUGGCCUCUCCAAGGAGACUGUGGCCAAUCUGGCCCCGCAGGGGCACUCGGGGCCUCGGGGUCCAGCAGUGCCUCACACCCGGGCUGCUAAUCAGAGUGGUUGACACUGCUCUGCACAGCCAGCUCAGGGUGGGCAUCCCAUGCCUCUCUGAAUAAAGUCCUUCUAUGGCCACUCCACCUGAACGCGCUGAUCUCAGCCUAAUAAAGUCCUAUGUGACAUCACAUGACCUCAUGGUUCCAUGUGAUGGCAUAGCAGGCAGGGGUGCGUCUGGGUCUGGUUCACACUCCACUGGUCGUGAGCAGCAGACGGAAGGAGGCGGUUGAUUCCUUCUUUUAUCAGAAAGUUGUUCCCCACUUGGAGUAUAACUGGGAGAGACGGGGCGCCUGGAGGACACAGCCUCAGGACAUGAUAGACAGGUGUGGACACUGUGGGCCCACCUGUGUUGAGCCAACCUGUCUUCUAGGCACGCUUGACCCCUGCGUCCCUUUUCAGAAGUUACAAUGAGAUAUGCGCCAGAAGUCAAGAAGUCCCCACCACAUGUCCUGAAGAAAUUUGCAGUGUGCGACAUUCCUUUGUAUGACAUCUGCGACUACAACGUCUCCAGGGACCGCUGCAAGGACCUUGGGUGCUGCUUCUACAAGGGCGUCUGCUACGAGAAGGCGGUUCCGACGUAUGUGCAGGUAUUCUCUGCCUUGAUUGUGAUCAUUGCUGUCGCCUUCAUCGCCUUCAUCGCUGUUGUUAUUUACAAAAUUGUCCAAGAGGUCAGGAGAAUGAGGAGCUCCGAGGAGGGCACGGCUGGCGGUGACGAUGACACAGCCACGAAGGCCUCAAAAAGCGAGACCUCCCGGAAGAGCGGGGAGACCGAGCCCCAGGAGGGGGAAGGGACAAUGACAGUCUCAGAAGCUGAAGAAGCCGAAGCAGUUGACUGACGUGCACAGAGAGGAAGGAAAGUGGCAGAAAGUGGUGCUUGGGACGCGCAGCAGGUGACCUCUCCUGGGGUGUGUGUGGAGGCAUCCCCGUGGGAAAGAAUAAAGGUAUUUUUUGAA